AUGACAAAAAUUAAUGAAAUAGAGUUUAUUGAAGAAACUGAAUAUUUCAAGUUUCAACAUGGGCCCUGUUUUUGCAUGUUAAAUGAAGAAAAUAAAAGAAAAAAUAAAACAGAAAAUUUAAAAUUAGAAGAAGAUAGUAUUUGUAACAUUUUCAUAAUUAGCAAUGUAAAACAAAAAGGGUUAUAUAUUUUCAAUGAAAAUAUAAAUAUUUUUUCCUUGUCUGAUUUUUUAUAUAAAAUUGAUAAUGUUAAUGAAAAUAUAAAUAUUAAAUCAAUACCUUUCUUAGAAAAACCCAAAUUAAUAGAAAAUAAUAAAACAGAUGAUUUAUGUUUUAUAUAUACUGAUAAACAAAAUAUAUAUAUAUUUGACUAUGCCACUGACGAAGUUAAACUAUAUUGUAAAACUGAUAUAUCUAUAAAAAGCAUCAAGCACAUAGAAAAAUAUUCCUUUUUGGUACUGAGCGAAACAGAAGAGGUAUUCAUUUUGACUGAACAAAUUAUGUACAAAUGCAAUCAAUUUAAUGAACGAAUUAAUAAUAUAGAUGAAAAAGAUAAUGUGUUUUUAUUUUCAUGUAAAGAUACAGAAAAGUUUAUUUUAAAAGAUGAGGAUAAAUGUAUAACUUAUAAUUUAGAUAAUAUUAGUAAAAAUAUUGAUAUAGUAUAUGAGGAAUGUAAUAUAAUUAGUACAAAAUUUUUACAAAUUGAUGUAAAAAAAAAAAUAUAUAUAUUAUUUGUGGUGGUUUUAUAUAAAGAUGAUAAUGAUGUAACAACUGUUACUUAUGAUAUUCAUAUAGAAAAUUAUGAAAUCAAAAAAGUGAAUUAUUCAAUUAAUGAUUUUUUUUUUGAAAAUUAUGAUAAAUUAUGUUUUAUUAAAUCUGUGUAUAUUACUGAAUGGAAAAUUCUAAUUUCUAUUUCAUCCAAAUCAUGUGAAGUAGUUAUAUAUACAAAUAAUAAUCAAUUUGUUGAAACAGAUAUAAAAAAUAAUGAUUUAAAAAUAUUAUGUAUAAAAGAAGGGUAUAAAAUAAAUACAAGAGGAUCAAAUACUUGUUUUUUAUCAUUAUUUAUAUAUUCUAAAUAUAUAGAUAAAAUUUAUAGGAAAAGUAAAUUAGGUAAUGUUCCAUGUUUGAAAAAUCCUGUUGUUUUUUUUUUGCUUCAAGAAAAUAAAAAAAUCGUAAUUGAGUAUUUAGAUCAAUAUAAAUUAGAAUAUGCUAAUGAUGAUAUUCAUCAAAAUAAUAACAACCAAUUAUUUGAGAAUGAAAUGAAAGAAGUUAGUUUAUUUAUGCCAUUAAAUAACGAAGUAAUAGAAAUAUAUAAACCUACUAUUUUAAAUUUGUUUAAAUUUUUUAAUAUCAAACAAGUAUUAGCAGAAAAAGAUAAUACUACAAUUAGUAAAGAAAUAAAUCAAGUUAAGAAAAAAAAGGAAAGUAUAUUUGAAAUAUUUAAAGGAUCUGGAAAAAAGGGGGGAAAAACUUUUCAAGGCAAUGAUAUAAUAGACAAGAAUAUAAUAGAUAAUAAGAUAAUAGACAAUAAAAUAAUAGAUAAUAAAAUAAUAGACAAUAAAAUAAUAGAUAAUAAAAUAAUAGAUAAUAAGAUAAUAGACAAUAAAAUAAUAGACAAUAAAAUAAUAGAUAAUAAGAUAAUAGACAAUAAAAUAAUAGACAAUAAAAUAAUAGAUAAUAAGAUAAUAGACAAUAAAAUAAUAGAUAAUAAGAUAAUAGACAAUAAAAUAAUAGACAAUAAAAUAAUAGAUAAUGAUAUCAAAAAAACUGAAUUAGCAAUGAUGAAAUCUUCUGUAACUUUUAAUGAAGAAAAAAAUAAAAAUAAUAAUAGUCCAUUGCAAAAAAUAAUACAAACACAAAAAGAAAUAAAAAAAAAUUCAAUUAUUAAAUCUAAGGAACAAAAUGCUGAAAUGAAUACAAACAAAACUCUAUAUGAAAAUAAUAAUUUUGUUGUUAAAAAAAUAUUAAAUAAAUAUAACAAAUUUUUAAAUAUUGGAAUGUAUUUAUAUGAUGAUAUAUUAUACAAAGAAAAUAUUUAUAUUAUAGAAAAAAAAAAAAUCCCAAAAAUGAGUCGCAGAAAAAAAGAAUGUUACUAUAAUAAAAAAGAAAAAAAGAUUGUCUUAUUAAAUGGUUAUGAUUAUGAAAAUAAACUAAAUAUUUUUGAUAACAAUUUUAACAAUAUUUCUGAAAAUAAAAUCGGAGAUAAAGAAAAUGAAAAAUUCAAAAAACAAAUAAAUAAUACUCAAGAAGAAAAAGAAAAAUCUGAAUUUUAUGAUUAUUUUCAUUGUGAAAAUUUUGAUUUUUAUAAAACUGAAAAAAUGUCAGAUAAAUAUUGUGAAAAAAUUGUGAAAAAAAUAGAAAAAAAACAAAAGUUUUUAUUUGAUAUAAAAAAUAUGUUCAUUAUUCAAAAGGAAGAUGAUAACAUUUAUUAUGAAGAAAACAAAAAUGGUGAAAAUAAAAAUGAUGAAAAUAAAAAUGAUGAAAUAAAAAUAUGUAUAUCAAAAAAUGAAAUGGUUAAAUGCUAUAAAGAUUUAGAUUCUUAUUUUUCUAAAAAUAAAUUAUUAAAAGUUAAUACAGAAAUUUUUGAUAUAUUAAAUAAGACAGAUAAUAGAAAUAUGCUAGAAAUCAUUUUGUAUAAUAUAUUUUUACAAGGAAAUUUAAAAAAUUGCGAAAAAUUGAUUUAUUUUAUUUUAAAUAAUUCAUAUAGUGCAUCUUUUUCUAAUUCUUUUUUUCUUCUCGAAAUUUUUAUUUAUAAUUUAUUGCAUCCUUACAUAAAUAAAAAAGAAAAUAAAUCAAAUAACAAACAAAAUUGUAAUUCUCAUAAGAAUAGUCAAAUAUCCAAUAAAGUUGAAAAAAAAGUAAAAUAUAAAAUUGACAAAGAAAAUGAUAAAAACGAAAUAAUAGUAAAGGACAGUGACUAUAGUACAGAUAAUAAUAAUAACAAUGAUGAUAUUAUUUGUAAAAAAAACAGAAAUGAAUAUGUUUCUAAGGUUAUUCCUCUUUUUACUAAUAUAAUUGAUGAAGAAUAUGAAUUAAAUUUAUUCCAAUUAAUGAAUUACAGUAUAGACUUUUUAAAUAAUAGAAUUUGUAAUUUUUUUUCACAUAAAUUAUUACCAAUUGUUCUUGAAAAUAAUCUUAACAAAAUACAUAUAGACUUAGACUUAAUAAAUCAUUACAUAUAUAACGUUAUUUUGUCUAAAAAAAAAAACUUUCAUAAUUCGACCUAA